AUUUUUGGUUUAUUAUUAAUUAUUUUAACCGUACUUCAUGUCAUGCAUUUAAAUUGAAUUUUGGCGGCACACAAUUUAUAUGAUUAAUUUCUUUAUGUUGAUGUUGUUUUUAAUGCAGUCCCUUCCAACAAAAUGCUAAAUUUAAAUUGUGUUAUUUGUGCUGAGUUAUUUUCUCAAACUGACGAUGUAUACGUUACUAAAUGUGGUCAUAUGUUCCAUUAUUCGUGCCUUUGUCAAUGGUUGGAAAGGUCAAAAACAUGUCCGCAAUGUCGAAACAAAUGCACCGACGCAAAUGUUCAUCGGGUUUAUUUCAAUUUAGCCAAUUUAGAUACCAGUACGAUCGACAUUGGAUCACUUCAAGAAAAACUAGACAAUGCUAAAUUGAAAGUUCAAGUUACUGAAAAGGAGCUUCACAAAGCCGAGGAACAGGUCAAAGCCCUUAAAGCAACACAAAAGAAAUGCAUGAAGACAAUCUCUGGCUUGGAGGAAAAGGUUAGAAAGAACGAUUUUAUCAUUUUGUCCUACUCGGAACAGCUUAAAAUGGUUAAAGGAGAAGCCAGCGAAGCUGAUUCACUGCGGAAAGAAGUCAAAAGUUUGAAGGACAAAAUCACAAUGAUGGAAAAUGUCUCAUCUAUCUUAGCCGCAACAGCACAAGACGCAGAGAAACUUCUCAAGGAGGAGAGUAAUCCAAUGACUCUAGGUGUGUGGGUUUCCGCUUUAAAAAGAGAGCUACGAACUUGUGAAAGUAGGAGAACAGAUUUAAGAAAUGUUCUGAAAGUUGUGCAAAAUGACUUAAGGAAGGAAGUUGAUUUAAGGAAAAAACGUGAAGAACGCUUGUCGCAAUUGGAAAGCGAAAAUUACAACUUAACUCAAAAGAUAAAUCAAUUCGAAUCUGAAAAAAUCAAACUUAGCCAAUUAUACACCAAAGAUUCUCCAUCAACUUCUAAUAAUGCAAAUAGUAGCAGAGUAGCAACGCUUCAGAAAGAAACUAAACGCCUUAGUAUUUCGCCAACUUCGGAGAAAAAGAAAGUUUUAGAAUCUGACUCGCCUUAUUUCAAUAUUAAAUCGAGCGGUAUUCCAUUUAGUAUGCUACGGAUGGGUGCGGUUAAAGGAGAAAACCGAGAAAAUGCAAUUAACAAAGACCUUAACUACAAUAGCGAUCUGUCAGAAAAGUACACAAUCUUCAAAAAAGCUCGUUUAAUGAUUCCAUCAAAUGGAUCAAGUUCCUCACUACAACCUGGUCUGACGUACAAUGGUUUCGGUGGAACCCAAAAACGUGUUGACGAAGAAGAAGAACAACAAAGACUUGCCAACAAAAAAACAUCCCAAAGUUUAAACAGUCGCGUAAAAGCUGGAAAAUUGCGCAAAUUUCCAUCAGCUGGAUCUGGAGUUAUGGACAAAUUUCUCGGCAAGAGCUCAAGUUAAAUCAUUUUAAUUACUAAGAAGAAUGAAAUGCGUAGUACAACGUUUAUUGUGUUUAAAUUGUUUAAUGUAUUAUUUUAUAGCAUAUAAAAAUAUUACAAUAGUAUGUUAUUAUUAAAUUAAGUUUAAGUUACAUAUGAGUGUUGAAAUUUUUUUUUACUUUAUCCGAAUGUUUAGUUUCUGGCUUGCGCAAGUUUAACUAUUUUUGCAUUUUUUUCGAAUCUAAUGAAUAUUAAAUUAUAAUAUGAUUAUUUUUUGUUAGUAAAUAAUUGACAAACUCA